GUUUACACAUAUUAUCUAAGGUGAUACUGGACCCGGGCCCUGCUCUACAACAAGAUUGCAUUGACAGCGACAUCACAGCUAUCACACGACACCUUGCCAUCUCCGCUGCAAACAGGCCACCUUUGCAAGACGAUGAGCACGAAAACCAAUUACGCAAGGCAGGACAUAAAAGAGGAAAAUGCAAAUUGAACGAUAAAAGCCCCUCGUGUGGGCAAAAGGGAGCGUGGCUGGUCCGGCUGUGCCUCAGAGCUAUGCUGCAAAAAAAAAAAAAAAAAGGGGGCUAUAGAGCUCUGCUGUGAGGUGAUAAAAUAAAGGGGACCACGCUUAUAAUAGCCUGCAAUAUCUUCACACAUCACAGAGUCACACACGGGCGUAUGUUAACUGCGUUUUGCUCUUCUCUCCUUCCGUCUUUUUCACUCCUUUUAUCUUCUCCCUUUAUAAUCUAUUUAUUUAUUUAUCUUACUCCCCACAGCACAACACCAGCAUCAGCACUUAGGAUCUCAUCGGUUACAAGGAGACAGGUCACACACGCCAUACUGUACUGCGUGUCUGUGGAAAACUGGAGAAUUUCUCUCCCCACUGCAGUGGUAUCCCACAAAGAGCCCACAGAGAGCAGUGUUGAAGGUCGACACCAACAUCACACUGAAGGAAUCACUGCGAACAACGUGACGCGUCAGCGCCAGCUCUGCACCAGCCGGGUCCAGUGGAGCCGCAGCUGAGGAGCUGAGGAACUGGGGAUUUGACUGGCAGCUGGUACACCACUAAGGGAGGGGAGAGAGGCGGCUGGGCAGUGGGGUCGACGAGCCUAGCUGGCGCUGGGUGAAUGCUGCCUGGCGAGGACAAGGGCUGAGGCGGCAGCAGCAUCAACUUGAGAAGGAGCAUGGCAUCCACGGGCAUGCAGAUAUUUGGAUUUGUCCUGGCGCUGUUGGGCAUCAUGGGUGCUAUGGUGGCCACUCUGCUGCCCAACUGGAAGGUCAGCGCAGAUGUGGGCUCCAACAUCAUCACAGCGAUUUCCCAGAUGCAGGGUCUGUGGAUGGACUGCACAUGGUACAGCACUGGCAUGUUCAGUUGCACACUUAAGUAUUCGGUGCUUUCACUACCUGCGUACUUGCAGACUGCCCGCACCACUAUGGUGCUCUGUUGCGUGAUGGCUGCCAUGGGCCUCUGCCUUGCAUCCCUGGGACUAAAAUGCACACGCUGGGGCGGUGGACGGCGUUCCAAGCGGCACGCCGCAAUUGCCAGUGGUGGCUGCUUCGUUGCUGCAGGCUUUCUGUGCCUGGUGCCUGCUUCCUGGUUUACCAACGAGGUCAUCACCAACUUCCUGGACUCCAGUGUGCCCGAGAGCAAUAAAUUUGAGCCUGGGGGUGCUGUGUACGUGGCCUUUGUAUCAGCAGGAUUUCUUUUUGUUGGGGGGUCCAUCUUCUGUAUGUCCUGCUCGGGGAAGAGGCAUGGACCCCAGGACCUGGUCCUGCUUCCUCCCCCUGACAAAUUGCUGCUCCAGCAGCAGCAGCAGCAGCAACAGCUGCUCCAGCAGCAGCAGGAGCUCCAGCACCAGUACUGCUCUCUCUCCCCAUUAGACAAUAAGACUGGCUACAGCCUGCAGGACUAUGUGUAAUAAAGCAGCGCUGUGUACGCUACGGCUAAAGGGAGAUGAGCCUGAGGGGGAACCAUCGCGGCUUAUGCUACACACUAGGCUCCACUCCAGAUGGAGGUGGAGAAAAAAUAAGAGAGGAGGGCAACAACUUUGAAUUCAUUUUCCCUUCUCCUCUAUCUUGCUCUUCUCCCUUUUUCUGUUUUGCAAGCACAAGCAGUGGAGGUAUUCCCUGAGCAGCGCCUUGGAACAAACAGUGUGAAUGUGUAAGGAGCCAGGAUAAGGUGCUGCAGCAUCGAAGGAAGCCGCUAACCAAAUGCAGACAUCCUUCAUCAGUAAAUCACAGAAAGAGUUCCCCGGGGAAUGGAUUAAGCAAAUAAGGAAGCCUUCUGUGUAGAUUUUGUUUUCCUCACCAAAGGUUUGAAUUGAAAGAAAAAAAAAGCAAUCAUUUAGCUGCUAUUUACAAUCGUCUGGUACCCUCUCAAUUGACAAAAUAGGCAAUAUAAUGCCUGAGAAACCUUUUCAUAGCAAGCCAUUGUAGUUUUUCGUAUACCUAUCCACUAGAAUGCUACAAAGAAUUGAUUGAAAUAAAUAGUCAUAUUUUUGUUAGCUAGAAUGAUGUUGAUAUUUUGCCUCUAAAGCAUGCUGUGUGGAGCCUGUCUGUGUAUUAAUACAGCGGCAUGCCUGGUAGAAGACUGAGACAUAGCCACAAAAUGCCUGUGCCUGAAAAGCUGUAGAGACAUUACCCUGCUGUAACUGUUCAAAGAGGACUGUAAGGAGGAGUAGACAUGGACUGCUGGGCUGGAUUUGAGACAGAUAAUGCAGACAAACAGUUGCCUGCUUCUCUCUCUGCAGGUGGAAACAUGAGAGAGAUGGAGAGAAAUUGAUAGAAAGAAAUUCAAUGCUUAAGCAGAGUGGACUAUCUGAUGUGCGGUUUCUGUUUUCCCACCCAGACAAAAACAUACUGCCUGUAAGUUGCAGCUACCCAUCCUAAUCCAUCUACCCAUUUCUGCACGCCCUCAGACAUGCACACCCACACACUUCCUCAUGCUCUUGUGUGUGUUUGUGUACACCGUAAACACUCAGACACGCCGGCUCUUUGCAUGUGCUUUUCACUCCUGUCAUCCUCCUCCGCACUGCCAUGGAAACAGAAUUCGGCAUUCAAAUAUGUGUAUUGUCUGGGGGUAUGUGCAUGUCACUCAGUGAUCUGAAGUUGUUUAGGGGGGCAUCUUUUUCUCCAGGCAUGGCUCCAGAAGCUUUAAUCAGAGCCUUUGCUCACACUCCUUUCACUAAUCCCCUUUAUUACCCAGUGACAUGAGGCAGCAUCCCUGUUACAUGGUCAGAGGUUUUGGAAAAUGCUCUCCUUCGCUGCCCCCCUGCUAUGGUGUCUAUACCAUGCGAGUAGACUCACAGGGAUGAACGGCUGUUUAAUGGUGCAGUGGCGGGGAGGCUAAGACGAGGCACAAAAGGAGAGGCUUCUUGACUCAUGGUCGACUGGGUAGCUGUGUGGCAGGCAGCUAAAAAAGGUUUGAGUCAUUCUCCAUAUGUGACUUGUUUUCCAAGUGCGUCAGCAGUGCGCAUAUGCUACCAGUCUGCACCUGCAGAAGGUCUCAGUGUCUUAAAUUGCAGCCACUUGACUAUGCCACCAUUCCUCCUUUCCGUACUGGUCACUCUCUUAUUUUCUCUCUUUGCUUCCUCUGUCCUGUAUGUGUCACAUGUCACAUAGAUGUGAUUGCUGACAAGAGAAAGCUGAUGCAUGCUGAAAGCAUGGCCACCCCAACACACACGCGCACAUAAACAAAACUCCCACCUACUAACAUGUCAGUAGCACUGUUACGCUUCCAGGCAGUAAUGUUCCAGAGUGUGUCUACUCUUUACUGAGGGGGGUGGGGGGAUAUCUGGGGUUUUCAUGCUUCAGACAGGCCUUGGCAUUGAUGUAUAGAACUGCACAUUCUCUCCGUCUUUCUCAUAAACAUGCAGCUUCCUGGGGGAGAGCAGAUGGCUAAGCCCAGCUCGCCACCUGCAGGCUGCUGCCGGCACGCCACGGGCAUCUCUGUGGGCAUCACUGCCGGCCCUGGCAGCCCUCUAGGGCCAGGUUUCCACCCACCCUGACUUAGCCAUCUUGCCCAGCACAGACUACAGCUGACAGAACUGGCCUCCUGACAAUAACUCACUGCCCAGGCACCAUAACCAAUGCAAUAAACAAAGAAGAAGAAUGUGCCAUGUCAUCAACUAAUACUGACACGUUAUGUGUUUGGAGAAUGUGCCAAAAUCGUCUCAUGAUGACACGUUUUAAUACUAUCUGGAGUUCGUUCUGUUUAUUUUUUUAUUGCGUUGUUUGUACGUGAAUUAUACAUCAGCAAAUGUUUUAUGGAUUUGUGAUUUGUUCUGCCAGACUAAGUCUCAAGUCAACUAGAUGCUUGUGUACAGUCCAGUGCAGCUUUCGAGGGUUAUUUUAAAUCCUCUUUAUUCCUCAUUUCCCAAAGCACAGCAAGACUUCACCGGGAUGAGAGUUUUCGUCGGAAAGACACGAGUGUGGUAUUUUCUAAACAAUAAAAAAAGAGUUGUUUCAGGAAUUCUGGUUCACUGUAAGUCUGUGACAACUGUACACAAGUAUCUAGGCUUUCAAGGUGUUUGUUUUUCACUGAGGGAUCAGGAUUCCCUCAGAUUGUUUUCAAUAUAAAAUACAAUAUCAUGUUCAUACCAUAUCUUCUUUAUAAGAAGACGACUCAGUGCACCUUUACUUUAUUUGACAGCAGUUUGUUUUAAACGGCUGAGCAUUCCAAGCUCCCUGGACCAGUACAAAUACAUAACACCACUGGCACUCUGGAGAAAAAGGGAAUAAUUUCUGUCUGAUGGGAUUCAGCAGGAAAACAAGAGCUAGAGGUUUCUCUUUUUUGUGGCUGUGCAGCUUAAUCAUCAGCACGCAAUUUCAUUAGCUUAUAAAUGGCCAGAGUGCAAAGUGACUAGGUCCUAAAAGUUCUGAAGAGUUACAACUCUCGUGCAUAUACUGUACCAAGACGUUGAUUUAUCAUUUUGAUAACUGCAGCUUAUUUUUGUGGAUGCUUUAGCACUUCUUACUUUGCCAGAGCAUAUUUGUGAUGAUUAACAGUUCACAAGUUCUGAUACAGUUGUCUCAAUGUGCUUGUGCAAGUAGUUCUAUUUUUUACCAAUAAAACUAUUUUGUGAAAGCAA